GAACCAAUGCGAUGCUCUUUGUUUCUUCUCGGUGUAUAAAUUGAGGAGCAGGGCGGGCUUCUUCCAAAAACAAAAGUAUGGCCUCCAGGAGAACGACAAGCGGAAUUCAAAAUUUAUGCAGCGAUGGAAAAAGUUUAAGAGGUGUCAGCGGCGCUCGUAAAACAAACCAGAACGCGAAUGGGAAGAAACCCCUUCGCGCUGUGAACAAAUCAAAUGAAGUCGUUGCCGUGUCUCAGUCCCUUGCUGCUGACGAGAGGACGUCAGGUUCAAAGGGUAACCACCCGAAAGGCAAAUCUGCAAGUUUACCACAGAGACUUGCGCCCAAACUUGCCAGUGCCAAUGUAAAAGUCACCUCCCCGAGAUGCUCAAUGGGAAUGUUAAAUGGAACCGUCGUCCCGUCUCGGUACAUGCAGGCUGCUGAGAAGUUAUCUCUUUCAAAGAGUAACUCUCUCAGCAACAUUUCUGGGAAUGUACCACAGAGAUUCUUGUCACCUAAACCCAGCCAUGCCAAAGUUAGGGUGGGCACCCCUACACGACACUCAAUAGGCUCGCCUUCUUUGGGAACCGCUGAGGAGUCACAUAAAAAUGAGCCUUCACUGUUGGGAAAGACCGUCUUGCAAUCGACUUUCUCCGACGGACACUCCGUUCAGCCUAAUUUUGACGUGUCAGUCAUUUCAGAUAAAACAGUGCUCAAAAAGACUGACGAUGCUGAAAGGAACCCAGAAGAGAAGAAGUGGAUCGAGAUGCAAUCGUUACUCCUGACUUAUAUCACAGCAAAGACUGCGCAUAACACGACCAAGCUGAAGGCCAAGGCGGAAGCGAGGUUACUCCAAGCCAUGGAGCUGGAGGAGGCGCUGCGCAGUGAGGUGAUGGCGAAGAAGCGCCAGUAUCGCCUCAUGGAGAUGCGGAUGCAAACCAAUGAGCUUCUGGAUUUGCAGAUCUCCACUUUGACUCCUGCCUUUGAAGGUGCAAAACCGUUCACAGAAGCAUAUACAGAUUUCGCCUCAGCUGUGGACACCACCCGACACGAGCUACCCGUCAAGAACGUCCACAUUGGCGGUGACGGCCGGGAAUUUCUCAGGGAAGCAGAGGUGUUUUUGAAGGAGAGUGAAACUCUUCUGAGGGAGUGCACAACUGGAGAUCACGAGGGCAACUGUGUCGCUUUGGAGUCCCUUAAAGGAAUUAAGAAGACCGCAAAAGACUUGAGUCAGCAGUUAUGUGGGGUGUCUUCCGAACUACUGGAACUGUCAUCGUUGAUCUCCUGUCACACCGUCCAAGCACAGCAGGCUCUGGAAGAGGAGCAACUGGGCCUCGCAAGAGUCAAGGAGCUUUUUUGCCCAAAACCGUGUGUCUGAUAGUGUGUGGGUUUACGAAAUACAAGCGCUUUGCAUCGCCACCUUUGCCCUUUGAAGUCUUACUUGUGCAGCGUUCAUCAUUUUCUACUUUUUGUGUUUGUUUGCGUGUCUCUUUAAUUGUAUGAAAUUUAAAUGUGGCUGAAUAAUAAAGUGAAGGUCAUCAUCCUUUUGAAAUUGA